AUGGACGAUGCCGCGGUCCUAAGGAAGAAGGGUUACAUCGUGGGAAUCAAUCUGGGCAAGGGCUCCUAUGCAAAAGUCAAAUCUGCCUACUCUGAGCGCCUCAAAUUUAACGUGGCAGUCAAGAUCAUCGACCGCAAGAAAACACCCACUGACUUUGUGGAGAGAUUCCUUCCUCGGGAGAUGGACAUCCUGGCAACUGUCAACCACCGCUCCAUCAUCAAGACCUAUGAGAUCUUCGAGACCUCUGAUGGGCGCAUCUACAUUGUCAUGGAGCUUGGGGUCCAGGGUGACCUCCUUGAAUUCAUCAAGUGCCGGGGGGCCCUGCAUGAGGAUGUAGCACGUAAAAUGUUCCGCCAGCUCUCCUCAGCUGUCAAGUACUGCCAUGACUUAGAUGUUGUCCACAGAGACCUCAAGUGCGAGAACCUUCUCCUUGACAAGGACUUUAACAUCAAGCUGUCUGAUUUCGGCUUCUCCAAGCGCUGCCUGCGGGAUGGGAGCGGGCGCAUCGUCCUCAGCAAGACCUUCUGUGGGUCAGCUGCAUAUGCAGCCCCAGAGGUGCUGCAGGGCAUCCCCUACCAGCCCAAGGUGUAUGACAUCUGGAGCCUGGGUGUAAUCCUCUACAUCAUGGUUUGUGGCUCCAUGCCCUACGAUGAUUCUGACAUCAAAAAGAUGCUGCGCAUCCAGAAGGAGCACCGUGUGGACUUCCCCCGCUCCAAGAAUCUGACUGGCGAGUGCAAGGACCUCAUCUACCGUAUCCUGCAGCCGGAUGUCAACAGAAGGUUGCACAUCGAUGAGAUUCUCAGCCACUCAUGGCUGCAGCCCCCCAAGCCCAAAGCCAUGUCUUCUGCCUCCUUCAAGAGGGAGGGAGAGGGCAAGUACCGGGCCGAGUGUAAAUUGGAUACCCGGCCAGGCUUGAGGCCAGAGCACCGUCCUGACCACAAGCUGGGGGCCAAAACCCAACAUCGACUGCUGGUGGUGCCUGAGAAUGAGGACAGGAUGGAGGAAAGGCUGGCCGAGACCUCCAGAGCUAAAGACCAUCACAUCACCGGAGCUGAGGUUGGGAAGGCAAGCACCUAGUGGUGGAGAGGGCCCCGGGGGGCGCAUAGCGUGUAGUUUGCGCUCACAUAAACUAAGUAGGCAGGUAGGAGCUGAAG